AUGUCGCUUAGGCGUUUUUUUAAUGUUGGCGCCACUGGAAAAAGGUGUGUUUUCUGCGUCGAACGAACACUUGAUACUUGCCUCCUGCAGCGGUGUUUUGAAUCAAAAAAACAUGGAGUUGAUAACGACCUGAGCACCCAGAAGCUAAAUGAGAGCCAUGCUGAGCGGCCCACCCCAGAUGAUAUAACAGCAAGCCCAUCAACGGUUUUGCGAGGUCUACAGCGCGAAAAAAAGCUUGUGACGAACAAAGUAUCUCGUGACGAAGUUUCAUUUUCACCUACUUGCCAUGCUGGCAAGACAGGUCGAAUGGAUGAUGCCUAUACAUCCAGUGGUGACUCCAACGGCACAAAUCAUUUGGAUGGUGGUGCUCGAGUAUCCACAGCGGGUAACCGAUUUCUUCAGAAGCUAUCGGAGCUAGAAAAUUCUGCAGUACUCACUCCUCCAAGAAGCAGUGGGUUCUUAAAACUGCAAAAACGUGGAAGUGAGGAAAAGGUUUUGAGCGAGCGAAGGCGCAUGCUUGUCUUCAGAGAUGUUGGAAUGGACUUGGACAAGCCAAUCCUUUCGCGCGAUGUGUUUCUCGUUUUCAAAUACUUUCGUUACGGUAUUGAAUUUGCUGUGGAUAACGAACUGGAGCGCAUGUUACGAUACUUUAACGAGCAUGCGCUGAACGAACUUAAAAUCAUACAAAGCAGCAAGCUUAUGCGUGGUCCUUCUGUGCUCAGCCGGAAAAAAAGUGUCUCGGCUCAUGGUGGUGGGCCGUUUCAGUUGUCGCCGGCUUUUCCAUUCAUGCAGGCGGCCAAUAUGUGUCAGUUCUGUAGCUACACAAGAGAAACUGAGCAAAUGGUAGCUGAUCUUAUGAGGCCAACUUCACCCCGUGCUUUUUUUUGCCGGGCAAAAGAAGAUGCCACCGCGAACUUUGCGCCAAAAGCGCGUUACUUUUCUGAACAAGACCUUGCACAGAUGACUUCCUUUUCUUCUUCAACCUUCCGGCGACCUGCCGUUGUAAUUUAUACCCAAUUAGGACAGAAACUCGGGGCACAAGCAGAUUUGGAGUGGCGUCGUUUGGCGUAUAAGACAAUUUGUCCAUAUCUGCUAAAGUGCCUUCCGACGGCCGAUGCCAAGGGCGAGGGUCACGUCCAUUCGACAUGCGAGCAAAACACAGGAGGGCUCCGUUAUCGUUCCAAAGAAGAUUCAGUCACUUUGAGAAGGCACAGCAUGCCAUUUGAUGUUGUUUCACUGCGUAGCAUGGACGUUUACAAAUAUCGUUGGGUACACCGGCUGUAUGUACGCCGUUUUGCCCAAUCACUUGUUCCUCCUCCUUUUUCUUUGGAACACGCGGCAACUGAUGCCCAAGUCAAUGGGCUAAUAACGGCAUCAACCACAUUUGUCGGUUGUAAGUUGCUUCAGCCUUUCUAUUCUGUGUUGGGUCUGCGUAACUAUCUGUCUCCACAUGUAAUGCUUAUUGACCACGAAGGGAGGAUUCGCUGGCUGACAGCAGGUUGCCCCGACGAUUACGAGAGUGAGCACUUUCCGGCGUUACUAAAGCAACUUGAAGAGGAAUAUCAUCACGCAAAGAGUCGCUGA